GGAGUUGAGCAUCGGUGGCUUUGGGGGGAGAAAGGCAUAUCAAGCUAGUGACCUGGUGGUGUGCGCUUCUGGCCAUGCACUCUGGAAAGUGAUAUCUCGCACCUGUUUUUCACCACUUCACCAUGACUGGUUUAGUGUUUCCACGCGGUUUGUUCACCCUGCUGCUUGGACUCUGUCUGCGAGGCCCCUCACAAUCUUUGGGAUACAACAUCGAUCCUUCUCCAGCAAUUCUCUUCUCAUCGAACCACAGCAAGCACUUUGGCUAUCAGGUUCUCCAAUUUGGAAAAGGCUCUGAAGCAAGGGUCAUUGUGGGAGCCCCCGGAGAGCAGAACUCUACAGGCAAAGUAUACCAGUGUAAUUUGAAGAGCCAAGACUGUGAGGACAUUCCACUUGAGGAGAACUCUCCAGUACCCCAUCUUGGCAUGACCCUGGCAAGCAAUAUGCAAGGAAACAAAAUGAUUACAUGUGGGCCAGGCAUUGAACAACACUGUGACAAAAAUCUUUAUGUAAGUGGAAUCUGCUACCUGUUUGCUACCAAACUGCAAAACCCCAAGAACAUAACAACUGGAUAUCAAAAGUGCCUGAAAGGAAAAGUGGACCUGGUAUUUCUUUUUGAUGGGUCAGCAAGCAUGAAAACAUCUGAAUUCAUGACUAUCAAGGAGUUCAUGAUUGACGUCAUGAAAGAAUUGUGGAAUAGUUCUGUACAUUUUGCUGCUGUGCAGUUUUCAGAAGAUGCCAAACUCGAAUUUGAUUUUAACAACUACACCAGUGACCCAAAUCCUGAAAAGCUCUUGGCCAAUGUAGUUCAUGCUGAGCAAAUAACAAACACCUUCAAAGCUAUCAAAUUUGUGGCAAAUGAAGUCUUCAUUCCCGAACGUGGCACCCGAAAAGAAGCAAACAAAGUGAUUGUCAUUAUCACGGAUGGGGACGCCUCAGACAGGGACAGGGGACAUAUAGAAGCUGUCAAGAAAAAGAACAUUUUGCGCCUAAUCAUUGGGAUUGGUAAUCACCUUAAUGCACCUGAGUCCCAAAGGAAUCUCAAACUGAUUGCCUCAGAACCCAAAAGUCAAUUUUUUAAAAUUCUUGCCAGCUUUGAUCAGCUCAAAGACAGUUUCAAUGAUCUCCAGUCUAAUAUCUUUGCCAUUGAAGGCACCAGUGACAGCAGAUCCUUCCACCUGGAAUUGUCAUCCAGCGGAUUCAGUGCAGAUAUAUCCCAGGGUCGGGUGAUUCUUGGUGCUGUGGGUGCUGACAACUGGGCUGGGGGCAUUCUGGAGCAGCAGAAGGAUUUUGCUGGUGAAAGAUUCAUCACAACUCCCUCAGUCCGGAAAGAGAUGGAAGGGGCCUACUUGGGGUACACACUAAGUUUUCUCCAGCAUCAUCAGAAAGUGUUCUACGCCGUUGGUGCCCCUCGAUACCAACAUAUUGGAAGGGUCCUCAUAUUUGAGGUUGAUGCCAAAACUGAGAACUGGACAUUAAAGCAAGAAAUUAAAGGGCAACAGACUGGCUCCUACUUUGGAGGGGUGCUUUGUGCCGUGGACAUAGAUGGUGACCAGGAAACAGACCUGCUGCUUAUUGGAGCCCAGCAAUACUUCACUGAAACAAGAGGAGGCCGGGUUUAUGCGUAUGGCUGGGAAGAGGAUAAUCUCAUUCUCCUUGGAGAAUUUAAUGGGGAUUUAGGAUACCCCUUGGGCAGAUUUGGAGCAGCCAUCACAGAUCUGGAAGACAUCAAUGGAGACAAACAGACAGACGUGGCUAUAGGAGCUCCCUUAGAGGAUGAAGAGAGGGGAGCGGUCUACAUCUACAACAGCCACGAGAAGACUCUGCUUAUGGAGUAUAGCCAGAGAAUUACUGGAGCCAGCAUUUCUCCUGGUCUGAGAUAUUUUGGACAGUCCAUCCAUGGAAAGACAGACCUCAAUGGAGAUGGCCUCACCAGCAUAGCAGUAGGAGCCUUGGGAAAGGUGAUGGUGCUCCAAUCUAGACCAAUUGUUAACGUGGCCACACGAGUGACUUUUGAGCCCAAGGAAAUUCCCGUGAAAGAUGUUGAGUGCACCGGGCCCAGCAAACCCUGGCAAAAUAUAAAUUUGAAACUCAGGAUCUGCUUCGAUAACACCUUUGCCACAGAAAGUUACACAGGACACCUGUCUGUAAAACUCUUGUACCGCUUGGAGAUUGACCCAGACAGGGUGAAGUACCGAGGAGAAUUUAGCAAUGGCAAGAAUAUUCUAAACGGAGCUAAAGAAAUCUCUCUAAAGCCAGUGUGUGUAUUGGAGGAGAUUAAUAUCACGAACUGCAUUGAGGAUUACUUGUCACCCAUUAAGGUCCUUGUGAAUUUGUCCCUUGAGGAAGACAGUGUGCUAAAGAGUGGACCUCCCAGGCCUUUUCUGGACCCUUUAAGCAAUAGGACAAUGGUGGAGAUUCCUUUUGACAAGAACUGUGGAACAGAUGAAGUGUGUGUAGCUGACCUGAAAAUUAUUUUCCAUUCUUCAGGGUCCAAGGAACUGAUUGUAUCUCCUCAACAUCCACUUGAAAUGAAUCUGGAACUGGUAAAUCAGCGGGAAGAUGCCUAUUUUACAAUGCUCUACGUGCCCCUGUUGCCAGGCCUUUCUUUCCGCAAACAUUCGGUGCUGAAAUUCAAUGCUGUGGUCAUCCUGCAAUGUGAUGCAAUGCUUCGUCGUCAGGACUUUCAAGGCCUCGCUUGCAAUGUCAGUCACCCCAUCUACAGGAAUAGCACAAAAGCUUUGAUUCAGCUUCAGUUUGGUGUGCUCAGCAAUGUUGCCUGGAAAGAAACCUUGGAGAUGACGGCUUAUGUCACCAGUGAGAAUGAGGAGAAUGAAACUCUUCAAAACAACAGAGCUGUUCAUAGCAUCCCUGUGAAGUACCCCAUCAACAUCAUUGUCAAGGGGUUGGGAACGUCUAUCCAAUACGUUGACUUCAGUUCUAAACUGCAAGAAAACAAGACCGUGACACACUCCUACCAAGUAACUAACUGGGCCCUGGGGCCGUUCCCACCACCGACAAUAUUGGUAUAUGUCAAAGUGCCAAUUAAAGUUCCUGCUGGACUGAUAUGGAAGAUUGAUAAAGUCCUAACUGCGGAUCCUAAUGUGAAUUGCCAGCCUGAUGAUCAUAACAAGACCACAAGGAAUUAUCCCAUGUUAAUUAAGCACUGGGAAGUUGAUGAAUAUCUUAUCUACAAAUGUGAUCUUGGACAGAUAAAUUCCUCUACGAUCAAUGUUAUUGGGAUGAUGUCUACACAAAGCAAAUCAGAGCACUCUCUUCAGACCCAGCUUUGCACAGCCUUGUGGGUUGAAUUUGAUACCAGAAGAUACAAAAAUAUCUACAGUCAUGAAUUUGCUCAGGUUCAGGUCACAGAAAUAGAGGUGAUAAUUAUGAUGGAUUAUCUCCCAAUUAUAAUAGGCAGCGCCAUUGGAGGCUUGUGCUUGCUUAUUCUCUGCAUUAUAGUACUUUACAAGUGUGGAUUCUUCAAACGGAAUUAUAAACAGAAGAUAGAACUUCAAGGAGAACAUGAGAAUGCUGUACAAGCAGCUGACAAUCUAGAAGAUGGUGCAGAGAAAGAAGGUUCUAAGACCGAGAAAGAGAACCCAAGCAAACUCCUUACAGAACCAUUGAAUUCAGAAAAUGAGACCCAAUGAUCGAAUAAUGUUUCUCUCCAGAGACUAUAGCCGAGCUAUUUGUUAUUAAAUGUUCAGUGUGUGCGGAGGAGGAGUAUGGGGGGGGGGGAGGAGGUGGGAGCCGGGUGACUGUGAUGCUGGUAAUGAAGACUUCCCUUUUCCUUUCAGAAACUAAGUGAUAAUAUGUGUUUACCGAGGCAGAUGGCAGGUACACAUGAUGAGAGGACCAGAACAAGAUGCAGGCAGGCAAAUGUGUUUGUCUGUUUUCUCUACUAGUCCCUUGAUCUGAGACAAAUCUGCUGUUUUGUGUGCAUACUGUCUUGAGAUUAUUUUCUAGAGAAUAUAGAUUUGGGGAUUUUGGCCUUUGUUUGUCUUAUCAGUUGCACAGUAGAAAUGGGUAAGACUUAAAAGGGGAAUUGUCUGAAUUCAGCCUACCCCACUUGGCAAGGGAUGAAAGAAACUCUCUGGAAUUCUGGACAUUAAGUACCAACAGACAGAGAAGUAAAUGUCAAGCUCCAAAACCAAGAAAGAUGUGCUGAGUUACUCCAAAGCAUUUCCUUUAUUAUUCCUCAUCUAUGGACAGAAAUCUUGCCACACUAAAGCAAACUACUAGCAUCGAAAAAGAUAACACUCCAAGUUGCUACCUUCAGCCUCUUCCUCCCAAUCGAACUAUCUAAACUUUGCUGUCUCUCGGUCCUCUGGAAUGCAGCCCCUCCCACCUCAAAAUCCAGACUACAUUCCACCACAUUAAUUCCCCUUGGAGAUUACAAGGGCCAAAUCCAACCACCAGUUAUCACUUCAGCUUUCUUACCAGAGUCUAAAAUCCUUAUCUUAGCAAUUCUCAAAUGAAUGGGAGGAGAGAAGACAGAAUGGCUUGGACCCUGGUCAGGAGCUUCACCAUCUUAGUAGGCACCAUUAUCGCCCUGCAGGAUGUCUCUAAAUACUCUUAAUUUGAUUUAUAUUUCUUCCCAUGUUUAGUAUGAAAGGAAAUAUAAUAAGGGAUGGGAACCUCCACCCCCAAACAUAGAAACAAAAAACAAGAAGGGUAACAAAUGACAAUCCGUUGCUGGCUAAGCCCUUGGAAAUAGUAAAGCAUUCUGCCAUCAGAAAAUUUGGAGAACAGAAUCUGUAAGGAUCCAAUUUU